AUGGGGUUCACUAAGAUGGCACACCAAGUGGGUGGCCAUGCCACUUCCAAAACGAGUCUGAAGGCUAAUAACGGACGCAUCUUGAAGCCUUUUCAAAGCAAAGGGCGAGGCAUGAACGAGUGCACGUUUUAUGAACGCGUAUUUUUCUUAGAGUCUGGUUCGCUCGAACUUGCAGAAUUACAAAAAUUUUUGCCGAAAUAUUACGGAACAAUUAUAGUUCCGGAGGUCGCGAAUGGCGAGGAGGGCAGUGAAUUGCAUCCCGGACAGUACUUGAUGCUAGAAGAUCUUACUUGGGACAGAAAGUGGCCGUGUAUCAUGGAUGUCAAGAUGGGCACUCAAUCUUACGAGGAUGACGCAUCAGCUGAAAAAAUUGCACACGAGAAAUCGAAGUUUCCGUUGCAGGAGAUAGUAGGACUUCGCAUCCAAGGCAUCAAGGUAUUUGAUCGAGCAAAAAUGAACUACAAUGUAUAUGAUAAGUAUUUUGGCCGCAACAUCGCUGAUGUGGACCAUCUUGCUCAAGCCUUUCAACGCUAUUUUCCAGCGAAUGACAUUGCGAAGACAAUUGUGCUUCUGGAGGCAUUCUUGCGUCGCCUAGACCAACUUAGAGAUUGGUUCGAAAAGCAGCGAGGGACACGAUUUAUCGCUAGCUCCUUCCUCUUUUUAUACGACGGGGAAAGGUCAAUCCAAGACCCAAACGCUGUGGCAGAAACCUUUGGGGCCGAUAUUCGUCUCAUUGACUUUGCUCAUGCGACACAGUCACUUUCUCCAACGCAAGACGAUGGCUUGCGAACCGGCAUUGCCACGUUGAUCAAUUGUUUCCAAACACUUUACCACAAGAUACAAACUGAGUCGAGUUGCACAUUACAUGCAGACGCAGCGGAAAAGUAA